AUCGCACUGAAAGACGCGUAAAUCUGGAGACAUUUCGUGGUAGCCUGUACAUGAUGCCAUAUCGUCGUUCGUAGACUGUGAGCUAUUAUUAUUAUUAGUAGUAGUAGUAGUAGUAGUAGUAGUGUUGUUAAUAUUAUUGUUAUAAAUAUAGAUUUAUUCCUUGUCAGGCGAAAGUGGACAAGGAACAUGUGAUGCAUAUUUUACCUUUUUUCUAUAAAGGAGGCCUACCUUUGAUGUAUUCUGUUCGUGUGAAUUCACACCAAAAAACACAGGAAUACAUCAAAGGUAAGUCUCCUUUUUUAUGAUAUAGAAAAAAUGUUAUGAUAUAAUAAUAUCUAGCGUACACAGACCUCAGUAUUUUAUUUCUGGGGAUCAUUUCUCAUACAAAGUUUCAACGGUCGCCUGUAACGCGGGACCGACUCUAUUGUAAGAAAGUAAAAGCAAAUUUACAUUCCCCACUCGUGACGUGGGCUUGGGACGCACGUGAUGAUCACUCAUCAGUGCAAUAAAAUCAACUGUUUUAAGUGAUCCAAUAUAUUUGCUUAAAUAAAUAACGCGUAGAAACCAGAGAAACGCGGACUACCUGUUAAGGGCGGAAGUAAGGCAUCAUUCCGCUUCUCGAAAAUGAAAUCCUUUUGUCUUACAUAAUGCCCUUGUACCGAACCGGAUAUUGAUUAAAUUGUUAAGUUUUUUCGUCUGCAAUGAUAAUAACUAUGAAUCACCAGCAGCUGAACUAGGAAGCAGACAAACUUAGAACUAACUCAGCGACCAACAUUGAAUAUUGUGCUAGACAUAAGAGAGAAUUAAGCCCGUACCAAACAAUGAUUUUUUUGUCUCCUAAUUGUAACCAGCCAAGGGUAUACAAAACUUCUCGCUUAUAUCGCCUGUUUUUGCACGCUUUAAAAUUUCUGUUUUGAAACCUCUUGCACAAUCCGACAAAAUUAAAGUGCAUGUGGGUGGAAAAUUGAAGCCUGAUCUCACAGCUAUGUCAAGCAUGUUGUAGGAGGCAAACAAGCGCGUCACUGGCACUGCGGAAAACACACGCACACAAUGUGAAGGUGAAGGCCCAUCUUAGUUUAAUAAGCGAUGAUCACAUUCAUCACACGCAUUUCUAAAUUAGAUGCGCAAAUGAUUCAGGGAAUGUUGCCAUUUUACUUUCAUGAACUUCCCACGCUUUUCCAAGAAAGAAAGGACGACUAAAUCAAGGAAAUAUAAGAAAGAGCAUAAGUUUAUAAAGCGUAAUUUUAGCAAGGUUUAACCAAUAGUUUACUCUAGGUUGACUGAUGCACGUGGAGUUCUGAACAAGAUGGAGAGAAAUGUAUUAAUUUGCAAAGCCCUACUUCUGAUUUUCCUCACCAGUGUGGCGGCUGCUAUGGUGAUCAAUCCAAAAGGUAAGUAACAGACAUCUUUUGCAAAAACUUGCUCCUUACUGGUCCUUCCAUAUGUCCGGAUGCUUGAACAAAAUUGCAGUAUUCAAUUUAUAAUGAGAAAAUAUAAUGAGAAAGAGGAAAAAAGAAAGAUAUAUAAUGUACGCAAUUAAGAAGGCAAUUUAUUGUAUUGGUUUAAAAAGUAAGAAUUUUUUUUCCAAAAAGACCGAAGAGACGAAGCUGAAGUACUCUUAACAUCAGCGGGCAAAGAGUUCCAGAUUUAAGGACCGUUCUCUCGUUGUACUCAUGUGAAUCACUACUUUGAGGGUGCCAAUGGGUCUACUUCACGGAACGUUGGGUGGAAAGACGAAGGAACGGAGAGGAAAGAAGUCUGUGAGAACAAGAAAACAGAUUUGGCAAUAUGAAAAGUAUUAAUUUUGUUGAUAGUGAGUAAGUUAAGGUGAGCGAAGAGGGAGACAGAGUGAGCUCGGAAGGGAGCUUUACUGAUUGCACGUACCACGCUUUUUUGGAUAAAACAUGAAGUUGAAGACUAGGUAAUGAGAGAUCAAGGAACAAUAAAGUUCUGGCUGAAAGGUAGAAGCGAUAACGAAAAAUCAAUAUUCCAUCAGACUUUCAAAAAUCUUUAUUGCAAAUAUGGCUGAUAUGAGGUUUCCAAGAAAGAUUUCCAUCACUAAAAAUGCCCAAGAAUUUUACGGCGCGUGCUUGACACUGGCAGCUGCCAUCAAAAGGUAUUGAUCUAUCUGUCAGAUUUAUUCUCUUAUUUGCUUAGAUCUAAAACUGAUAAAAUUAGAUUUAUUUGGAUUAACAGACAAUUUGUUAGAUUCCAUUCACUGACCAAGUUUAACUUAUUUAAGAUUCAUACAGUGGAACCCCGAUAUAACGAGCCUCGGUAUAACGAUGUUCCCGGUAUAACGAUGAAUAAUGUCCCAGCAAACGUUACAGUAAAAUGUAUGUGAGAGAACCCCGAUGUAACGAUCUUCGAUAUAACGAUGAGAAUUUAGCGGACCGAACGUAAAAUAGGUGCCUCUAUAACGAUAUUUUCAGUACACAGUCACAAUUUAAACAAAACAUUGAAUUCAACACCAUAACAUUACAGUGAUCGAAUGAUCUCUAAGGUUUCUGUCAACAGCUUUGUACGAUGAUACAGGAAAAUGAUACGUACUGAUGAUGAUAUAUUAGAGACUGAACCUACGCCUCUGACUCCUAUGCAAGCUACCGAAGCUGUAAAGGCAAUAAGAGAUUUUGUAAUUACGCUGGAAGAUUCAGGCGAACCAGAGAGAUAAUUUCUUUCCUAUCUUUUGGCCAUGGAAGACGCGUGUAAGCCUUGAAAACUUCCAGAGCUGUGCCAACUGUUCAAGGACAUUGCUGCAUGAUUGAAAUGCUACAUUUGUGAAUCAUUUGAUUAACCCCGAUAUAACGAUAUUUUCGGUUUUUUUUUCGGCCAUAUCGUUAUCAUCGGGAGUUUCGAUAUGAUGAUUCCGCGAUUAGGCCCGAUUACGAGCCGCUGUUCGGGAAAAUGAGCCCGAAAUCGAGUCUAUUCCUCGAUAUAGCGAUAUAAUUUUAUUGUUCCUCAGCAUACCGUUAUAUCGGAGUUCCACUGUAGUUGAAUUAAACGAUAAACAUCAGGAUACGAGCAAAAUAUGAGGGUGUCGUGCUCAAAUAAUAACGUUUCAGCUGAGGGGAAAAAUUUAUAACAUAUUUUUAUAUAAAACAAGAAAAAAAGCUUUCUCUAGAUCGAUCCUUGUGGCACGCCAGACUUGACGGUUUGGUAAGAACAAAGUUUAGUUUCAAAAGGUUGAGUUAGAUCGUCCGGGUGAACGUAGUCCUGAAUAGGACUGUUGUUCUUGACAGUGACUGACGUUUCGACAACCUGUGCGGUAGUCAUCUUCAGAGUCAAAGUGAGUUGUAUCACGUCAGUUGAUGGUAUUAUUAUACUCUGGUUAUUGAUCUGAUUGGUCAAUUAUGUCGCGAUGUUAUUGGUCGUCUGUCAGUUAAGCCGUGAUGUUAUUGGCUAUGAAGACUCGUAAUCAGUGAUUGGUGCGUUUCGAUCCGUCUAUUGUCACAGUUAAACAGUCGUCUAUUGUUAGUCAAAUUGUUAGUUCUCCAGUUGUUCUCUCGUAGUUAGUUUUGCUUGAUCUCGUCAAUAAGUCGUUUGUACGGCGCUGGUAACUGUUGACUACGAUUCAGUGGCGUUUGUUCUAAGUUAGUAAACCAGCUUUCUAAAGUAAGACGUUGAUAGUAGUCUGUAGAAUACGUUAUACAUGUCGCAGAGUCCCAAAAUGAAAAUGCAAAACAUCGAGGAACAAGCCCUAGCUACCUACACGCGAACUGUACUUCUUUGGUUACGUUACGUUGACGACACAUUCACCGCCGUACACAAAGACGGAAUCGACGAUUUUCACGAACACCUUAACAGACAGAACGCGGACAUACAGUUCACCAAGGAGAUCGAAGAAAAGGUUAAGAUACCUUUCCUAGACUGCUUGGUCACUCGCGACAACAACAAACUAAAAACGACUAUUUACAGAAAACCGACACAUACCGACCGAUUACUAGACCAGUCUUCGUACAACCCGACCUCUCACAAGGCUACUACUAUCCGGACUCUGACGAGACGAGCGCAACUAGUUUGCGACUCACCUGACAGCCUACAAGACGAGACUGAUUAUCUUAACAACGUUUUUAGUAAGAACAAUUACAACACGGACUUUGUUAGACGGAACACUCACAGUAACACUGACUCUCAGACCAACUCUGGCCCUGUUACGACAGCGACUAUACCGUACAUCAGAGGCGCCUCUGAAACUAUUGCACGUAUAUUACAACCUUACAAUAUACGUGUUGCGCACAAACCGAUAACCACUUUACGGCGACCGCUUACUAAUGUCAAGGACAAAGACAAACCGGAGGACAGACAAGGAGCAGUAUACAAGAUCAAAUGCUGCGACUGCCAGGCUUCUUACAUUGGUGAAACCGGCAGAAACCUAAGCACGCGACUGACCGAACACAAACGCGCGACGAGGAAUGGUGACGUCAACAAUCACAUUGCUGAGCACCAUUUAAAGUCGAAACAUCAAAUUGUCUGGGACUCUGCGACAUGUAUAACGUAUUCUACAGACUACUAUCAACGUCUUACUUUAGAAAGCUGGUUUACUAACUUAGAACAAACGCCACUGAAUCGUAGUCAACAGUUACCAGCGCCGUACAAACGACUUAUUGACGAGAUCAAGCAAAACUAACUACGAGAGAACAACUGGAGAACUAACAAUUUGACUAACAAUAGACGACUGUUUAACUGCUACAAUAGACGGAUCGAAACGCACCAAUCACUGAUUACGAGUCUUCAUAGCCAAUAACAUCACGGCUUAACUGACAGACGACCAAUAACAUCGCGACAUAAUUGACCAAUCAGAUCAAUAACCAGAGUAUAAUACCAUCAACUGACGUGACACAACUCACUUUGACUCUGAAGAUGACUACCGCACAGGUUGUCGAAACGUCAGUCACUGUCAACAACAACAGUCCUAUUCAGGACUACGUUCACCCGGACGAUCUAACUCAACCUUUUGAAAUGACUCCUGGGUUCAAACCUUUCAAAGUUUAGUUUGAUCCUUAAAAUCCAUUUGAGGGAAGUUCCUUCCAUCCCGCGAAAGCUGAUGAAAUUGCGUAUCUAAAAAACACAGUUUGUGAUCUCGCUACCAUCAAUGGAACAUGCUUUUCGUUAAUUAGGUGGAUAAGUCUCUGGCUAGCCUGCGGAGCUGCAAGCGCGAAACCAACGGAAAGGAUCGCUGCCUAGUGCACGGUUGGUGGAAUGAUUUUUGCGAAAGCCGAACCGUGAAGACAAUAAAAGGUUUUCAAAGGUGUCUAUGCCCUGAUAUCCCCUUCGUGAUGCCACUUGUGUAGGAUUUUAUGUUCUUUCCUUGUCCGUUUCAGAAAAAAUUUCAAAUCUGCCCUUCAUCGAAAGCUUUGGUCUUCAAGGAAAAAUCAUACCCUACAUUGGAAGUAAAGUUAAUUUGACUUGCAAAAUGAAACAUGCGGAGGCGGGUAUUUUCCUCAAGGCAGGACUCGCUAUAAGGGAGGGAGGACGAUUCAGGUACAUAUUUGAAGACAGUGGGCAUGAUGGGCUUGUAGCUCAUCUUGAAAUUACAGAUGUCUCCAAGGAAGAUGAAGGUGUUUUUACUUGCUGUGCUUUUAGGGCUGGAAUUAUAACUACGAAAACGCUUACAUUUAAAACAGGUUUGUACGUCCGCUGCCUAAGUCGACAAGAGUACUUUUUUAAAUAUGUAUUCAGUAAUACUUUUGCAGUAGCCCACAUUCGAUAUACCGUUAAGUUCCCAAAGUAGCGAACCUCUGAAAGUAGAGAUAAAAUGUCACAGGUGCUAGCAAGUCUCGAAAUUAGCGAUCCCCCCGAAAACAACGACCCUCCGAAAAAAGAGGCCCUAAAACUUAUUUCCCUUUUAAAAUAUAAUGGAUAGGAUAGAUAUCCUGAACAAACGCUACACUGAUCCGAAAGAGACGACCCCCUGAAAGUAGCGAAAGAAGAGGGGUGCUAAAUCCAAAAGUAACGAUGGUCGUUACUUUCAGGACUUAACGGUAUUAGAAUUUUAAUUUGACUUCGAGGCUUUAGUGAACGAAAAUUGCAAAUUUUCACGACUCCAUUGUCUCGCAAUCCCCAGAAGAGACAUGAGCACAAAGAAAACCAAACAAAAUACAGAAAUGACCAGAAAGCCUCGGAGUAAAUUACCGUGAAAUGAUAAAUUACCUUAUUCAAGUAAAAGUGAAUUAAUGAUUCCUAUUCUAGUUUAGAGGGUAUGCUCUAAAAUCAGCCACGAAGAAGACAAAAGCACAUAAAAGCUAACUUAAAUGUGCAUGUUCUUUUGCAUCUCCUUCAGUGGUCGCGAGAUCAAUUAUUUUUUUACCUUUUAGAGUCUGUGAAAAGUCAUAUUGCUCACUAUAAAUAUAGUCAUUUUCCUUUCCUUUACAAAGUCACUAAUGCAGCGGCACCCCAUACAAAAAAUAGAAUAAAAUAAACCAGCCAUGGGAUACGACCCAAUCCUGACUACCUCCAUGUUUUUAUGGCUUACUUGCUUACACGCUAUGAUUCAAUUUGUCUUUUGCCAGGGCAAUAAAACAGUUGUCGAGAACUUGUCUUUGCUCCAAAACUUUCGCUUGAAAACUGAUACCCCUCUCAUCACUUCGUUUCGAUAUUGGAUUUUGUGUGCGAGGCAUGUUCGUAGACCUGUAGUCCCGGGCCUACAAAUGUUUGGUUUGAUCACUCUACCGCUUGCAAUAAUUUAUGCGUUGUUGGGGUGAGCUAAGAAGCUUAAGAGGUCAAAGUGUUGGUGAGGUCAGAAUAGUCAUGCGUGCAGUUUUCAGGAUAUGUGGUAAUGAAAUUUAGCCAGGCCCACAAACAGUCGAAAAGCUGGCUACGUCCCUGCGAGGUAUUCCCUUGUCAAAUAAUGAAUUUUCCUCAAGCUGCGCGUCUGACUCCCACAUCCUCACAUAUUUGACUCUUUUUAUCUUUUAUAGCUCCUUAUCCUCCACCCUCGAUCCCAAGCCUUGUCGUGGACAGCAAAGGACUGUUGCAAUUUCCAUGA